AUGAUCUCCGACUGCGUGGCGCUCCUGGAAGCGGCUUACAUAGCCUCGAAUAAACAUUUAGAGACGAAGCACAACAAAAGAGCGGACGGCUCGACGCUCAGAGAUUACGGGUACGAUGCAGAAUUCGCCCUCGAGACGCUGAUGACGUACAAGCUCCUCUCUCCGCUGCGAGAUAUUGCGUGGCUGCGCAGGCUGAUCAAGAAAGGCGCCGGGCGGUGCCCUUACAACGGCGACUAUUCCCACCGACGAGCGCCUGACCUGGCCAGCUUCGAUGGCUGUGCCAUCGAGCCACCAGUCGUCUUCGAGGAGGCCGACGAUCCGACUCCGACAUCGCAAGCCGGCGUGUGGACGGAGCGGCACAAAGCGUCGCGCCAUUCAUUUUGGACCACGUUUGUCGUCUUUGCUGUGGCCAUCGCCUUUGGCAUCAUCUCAACGUGCCUGGGCGUCGUGCAAAUAUGGAUCUCGUAUUGCGCGUGGCGGCCAGCGGAGAGCGGCGUCUGCUGGACCCCCAGCUGA